AUGUUGUCUACGAGGCCAUUGGGCCGCCUGGCCUCGCGCCUGGGCUCCAAUGUCGGAACUGUCAGUCCUCUAUCUCUCCCUCGUUUCGCACAUCGCAACAACAAAACUAACGCACCUUCUAGCCCCUGCGUCGAGAUGACAAACUGGGAGAAGGGACAUUACAUCAACUACAAGAAAAUGUCUGAGAACCUCUCAGUUGUCCGCAGCAGACUCAACCGACCCCUCACAUACUCCGAGAAGGUCCUCUAUUCUCAUCUGGAUGACCCGCACAACCAGGAAAUCGAGCGCGGCGUCUCAUACCUUAAGCUCAGGCCCGACCGAGUGGCAUGUCAAGAUGCAACCGCACAAAUGGCUAUCCUCCAGUUCAUGUCAGCAGGCAUGCCUUCAGUCGCUACUCCAAGUACCGUCCACUGUGAUCACUUGAUUGAGGCCCAGAUUGGUGGUGACAAAGAUUUGGACCGAGCGAAGAGUAUCAACAAGGAAGUGUACGAUUUCUUAUCCACCGCAUGUGCCAAGUACAACAUCGGCUUCUGGAGACCAGGCUCUGGCAUUAUCCAUCAAAUCAUCCUUGAGAAUUACGCUUUCCCAGGUGGUUUGAUGAUCGGUACUGACUCUCACACACCAAAUGCUGGUGGUUUGGGUAUGGCUGCCAUCGGUGUUGGUGGUGCUGAUGCUGUCGAUGUCAUGGCAAAUCUUCCAUGGGAAUUGAAGGCCCCUAAAUGCAUUGGUGUCAGAUUGACGGGCGAGCUUUCUGGAUGGACUUCUCCCAAAGAUAUCAUUCUCAAGGUUGCCGGAAUUCUUACAGUCAAAGGUGGAACUGGAGCUAUCGUUGAAUAUCAUGGUCCUGGUGUCAACAGCCUAAGUUGCACUGGCAUGGGCACGAUCUGCAACAUGGGAGCUGAGAUAGGUGCGACUACAUCCAUCUUCCCCUUCAACGACCGAAUGUACGACUACUUGGCUGCAACCAAACGCCAGCGCAUCGGAGACCUUGCCCGAAGCUAUGCUGCCGAACUUCGCGAGGAUGAAGGCGCCGAGUACGACCAGCUGAUCGAGAUCAACCUCUCUGAACUGGAGCCUCACAUCAACGGUCCAUUCACUCCUGAUUUGGCCACCCCAAUUUCCAAGUUUAAGGAAGCCGUCAAGGAAAACAACUGGCCUCAAGAACUCAAGGUCGGCUUGAUCGGUUCCUGCACGAACUCCUCGUACGAGGACAUGGCUAGAGCCGCCAGCAUCGCUCAAGAUGCUAUGGAUCACGGUGUUAAGGCCAAGUCUUUGUUCUGUGUUACCCCCGGAUCGGAGCAAAUCCGUGCCACUAUCGAGCGUGAUGGUCAACUCAAGACGUUUGAAGACUUUGGAGGAGUUGUCUUGGCCAAUGCUUGCGGUCCUUGCAUCGGUCAAUGGGACCGAAAGGACGUCAAGAAGGGCGAACCAAACUCCAUCAUCUCGUCCUACAACCGAAACUUCACUGGUCGUAACGAUGCAAACCCCGCCACCCACUCGUUCGUCACUUCUCCAGAUCUCACUGUGGCCAUGACUAUUGCUGGCGAUCUUGGCUUCAACCCUCUCACCGACACCCUGAAGGACAAGGAUGGCAAUGAAUUCAAGCUCAAACCCCCAACCGGUGACGCUCUUCCACGCAAUGGAUACGACCUCGGCCGUGACACCUACCAAGCCCCACCGGAGGAGCGUUCCCAGGUUGACGUCAAGGUCUCGCCCACUUCCGACCGUCUCCAGAUCCUGCAACCCUUCGAUGCUUGGGACGGCAAGGAUCAGACUGAUCUCCCUAUCCUGAUCAAGACAAAGGGCAAGACCACCACUGAUCAUAUCUCUAUGGCCGGCCCUUGGUUGAAGUACCGAGGUCAUCUUGACAACAUUUCCAACAACAUGUUGAUCGGUGCCAUCAAUGCUGCCAACGGUGAAGCCAACAAGGUCAAGAACUUCAAGACUGGAGAAUGGGAUGCUGUCCCAGCUACUGCUCGUCAAUACAAGAAAGAUGGUAUCAAGUGGGUUGUCGUUGGUGACUGGAACUACGGCGAAGGUUCAUCUCGAGAACAUGCUGCUCUUGAACCAAGACAUCUUGGUGGUAUUGCUAUCAUCACCCGAAGCUUUGCGCGUAUCCACGAGACCAACUUGAAGAAGCAAGGCAUGUUGCCUCUGACCUUCUCCAACCCCGAGGACUAUGACAAGAUCAACCCUGAUGACAAGGUCGACCUUCUCGUCACUGGACUGGCUGUUGGUAAGCCUCUGAUCAUGAGAGUCCACCCCAAGGACGGCAAGACAUGGGAUUGCGAACUCUCUCACACUUUCAACGAGGGCCAGAUUGAAUGGUUCAAGAAUGGCAGUGCUUUGAACACCAUGGCCAAGAAGCACGGCGCGAAAUAA